AUGCCUUGCCAGACCAAACAAGGGCUAACCAUAGCUCAAAUGACCCAACAAAUUCAACACCAAGUAGAUGGUGCAAUCUUGAACUACCUUCUCAAUGACAGCAACAAUGAAUCAACCAAGGACAGCAACUUGGAAGACGCCAUAGUGGCCCUCAUCCUGCUCAAGAAACAACGAUACCACACCCCUCAUACAAGACUUGACCGCAACCCAGACAACUCUGCCUACCUCUUCAGCCUCAAUGACUCCCAAUUCAAGCAAAAGUUCAGAAUGUUGCAACCAUUCUUCUUUCGACUUUUCAAUGAAAUCAAAGGCCACCCUGUGUUCCAUAACCAGUCAAACAUCCUGAAGAGUUUUUGA